CUCAAAGUUCUCAGUGAUGGUGAAUCGUGGUUGUUCAACCACGGUGUUGUCUGGUUUUCUUAUAAUUAUUCUGGUGAUACAACUACACUUUGAGACUACAACGUCAGCUCGACAUGCACCGGUUGUUUCCUGGUCACCACCUGAGCCGCCUAAAGAUGAUUUUGUGUGGUACCACAAGAUCAACCGCUUCAAGAACAUAGAACAAGAUGCGUUCAGACCAACUCACCAAGGUCCUAGUCAAGGUAUCGGACACAAGAGCCCUCCUGGUGCUUAAAAUACCCAUUUGGUUUUGGAGAAAACUUACCACUUUGUCGCUCAGAGUUCGCGUUUGUUUUUGAUUUUUUGUGUGCUGUUGUUGCGUUGGGUAAAAGAAUAGAAGAACCAUACCAGUUUCUUGUGGA